CCAGUCAGGUGUCCUACCCAGCUGGCCCUGCGCAGAUCACUCCCUACCAGCCCCAGGUAGACAUCCUCACUGUCCACCAGAGACCGAGACAGACCUCGCUGGCUGACCUGGAGCAUAAGAUGCCCACCAAUUAUGAGGUUGUAAGCAACCCCACUGUAGGGGUGACCACCACGGCCCAAGACACCAUCUACUCCUCCUCCAGUGGGGCACCCCCAUACGGACAGUAUACUGGUGGUACCACCAUGGUCAACCCUUAUGGGCCAUACUCUACGGCAGUCUCCAGUACAUAUGGCCAGUACACCACGACAGUAUCCAACACAUACGGGCAGCAGUACACUUCCACCCCGGCCAGUACGUAUGGCCAGUAUACCACCACCACAGCUAACACCUAUGGCUACACCACCACUACAGCCAGCUCCUACGGCCAAUACACUGCGACAGUGGCCAACAGCUAUGGCCAUGGCACUCCAUCUGACCGUCUGCACUCAGUUGACAGCCCCUCUACCUACGCACAGGACGGUCUCUAUGGUCCCGCAAGCCUGGAGCAGAAUGUCCCAAGGAACUACGUCAUGUGCGAUGACAUCAGCGAGCUGACCAAGGAGGGCCUGGGCGGCACAGUGGACAUGCACCGGAGCGACGGCCACGGUGGACGCUACGCAGGGGAGAGCGGUCCGGCGAGAGGAGGAAGCUCCUACGGCAGGCCGGAGGACGAGCUGACCAGGGAGGAAGACCUGUAUGAGCACCACAGCAGGGCCUACCAUCUUGGCCAGGAAGAGACGGACUGGUUUGAGAAGCCCAGGGACCUGCGCUCUAGCUCCCGCCACUAUGGCAGUGGUGGCCACUCCUCGUCCGGCCGUAGCCGCCACGUCAAGCACACCUACCACGACUAUGACGAGCCCCCAGAGGAGGACCUGUGGCCCCAGGAUGAGUACGGCCACAGCCGCCAAUCUUCCACCUCGCGAGACCAUCGCCACCACGGCAGCACCAGCUCUGGGAGACACUCCGCCUCGUCCCGCCACUCGGACGAACCGCGCACCUCGCGCUCCUCCAAGGGCCACCCCAAAGACCCGUCCAUGCGCCACGACUCCCGCCAGAUGUCCUCGUCAGGGAAGAGGGGUGACCCGCGCUCCCAGGGGGGGUAUCACUCAUCGGACUACUCCAGGGACCCGUCGGGCCACCACCACAGCCAGGGCCGCUCCUCCAAGUCCUCAUCCUCGCACGAUGGGCGGACUUCCUCCAGGAAGCAGCAAGAACUCCAGGGUCACCCUCCUUCCUCCUCCAGGGGCCAGGGCAGCUCUGGCCGUGUGCCAGGAUCCGCCGGUGGGCCCCCGGGCUCUAGGGGACAGGGUCCUACCUACCAGCAGGACGGGCUGCAGCAAGGCCAACGCACCCAGCUGCAGCAGCAGCCCCAGACCUUGGCGGCACGACAGACAGGCACCACCCCUGCAGGCACCACUCCUGGGGGCCAGCAGCCUCUGGGCCUGGCCCAAGCCCAGCAGGGUCUACAGGCCAAGCCUGGUCAGCUUGGUCCUGGUCAAGCCGGUCGCCAGCCACAGGCAGGAGGCCCACUGGGGCAACUGCCACUAACUGCGCAAGCACCUGUCGCAAACACACCCCCUGUGACUGCCAUAGGGGCCAAAGCUGUCAUAGGAGGGGCAGCCCAACCUGCAAAAACACCUCAACCCCCACUCACAGGAAUAGGCUCCAAGGCCACCCCUAGACCCAGUGGCAUCGGGAGCGCGACAACAGGUCAACCGGGGAUGGAGGGGGAUAGUCUCCUCUCUAAAGUCCUACCAGGAAACCCUGCAGAGGCAGCAGGAAAACUAGGAGAAGCUAUCUCCGGUUUCGGCAAGAAAUUCACCUCGUUGUGGUGAGGUGUUGAGAUGAUGGUGUCUGUAAAUGUUAUGGAGGACGUUGUGAGGCUUCGUACCAGAAAAACCUAGGAAGACCCCUGCUUUGUUUUACUAUGAGAGAGAGAGAGAGGGAGGGAGGGAAAGAUAUAGCCACCGAUAGAGGAAAUCUGAGCGCACUGCCAAUGAGGACAGGAAUCAAUGGAUGCUGCGUGUCCCAGGCCUGAGCCCACGAUUGCAGAGAAACAAUGCUGCUUUCUCUGGCAGGCCAGACAAUCGUUUUGAGGCCACCAGGCUGCAAUGCCCACAGCCAAAGAACCAGGCCCCUGACACCCUGGGACCCCCAGAACACCCUAGGGCUGUGGUCUGCACUGAGGUCACAAGCCCCGAGGACCAUUCCAGAGAGCGGCUAGCUGGAUAGAGAGCCUGUUCCCCCUGGUCUCUGCCUCUGUCCGGGUUUUCAGCACCAACUCGCAAACAGCCAUUAUCCUUUGGGGAAUGGGCUCUGUACUAAGGAAUACUCCAUCCAGCUGCUCUGUAAGAGGAUGGGAGGGAGCCACAAUACUGUGACACCCCAGCACACUGAUGAUGCUGUCCUCUAGUCCAGUGGUUCCCAACCUUUUUUCGGGUAACUGAAUUUUGAUCUGCCCGGUGUACCCCUGAAGUACCCCCUCAUGUGCAUUUUACCAGUCGGCCUACUAUCUCAUGAGUCUUCUCAAGUACCCCCCUGAUGAUAGGCCAAAUACUCCCAGGAGUCCUAGUACCCCUGGUUGGGAACCACUGCUCUAGUCUGUGGGCUGUUGUGCCUGCUGCCUGCUGGGGGCGGAAUACAUCCCAGGGGGCGUGGCCAUGGUGGCAGGUUAGGAUCCUUGAUUCCGUACGCCUGUGCUCAGACACACUCUCCUUUCAUCUCCGAAAUAAAGAAAAGAAAACUGAAGCGCUUCGUAGGUUUUUCUG